AGAGAGAGAAGCAAAUUAUUGUUUCCAAAAUCUGAGCUCAAGCACAGAGUGAGAGUGACGCUCAAAACCACAGAAAAUGGAGAACAAAAUACUCUACAAUUGGAAAUCAUGGUGGAGGGCUUUCAACAAUCACAAUUUCUUCGCUAUCAAAUUGGGGGUUUCGAUUCUUCUAGUGGCUCUUGCGUUUAGGAUCCUCUUCAAUCGAUCCCUCGAAUUAUCUCCAGUUUCAGAAACCCCUUUUCUAGAAUCAGUGGCCCCUUUGAUUACCGUCUAUUCUGAAACAAGGGCUGAUCAUAUUUCUCCACAAGAUAAUGGAGCAAAAUGUGAUCUUUUUGAUGGGGAUUGGAUUCCUGACAAAACUGAGCCAUUUUACACAAACAGCACUUGUGAGUUUAUUGAGCAACACCAGAAUUGUAUGAAGAAUGGGAGGCCAGAUAGAGACUAUCUCUACUGGAGGUGGAAGCCCCGCGGUUGCGAUUUACCCCGUCUAGAUCCAUGGAAGUUCCUUGACUUGAUGAGGAACAAAAGCUGGGCUUUGAUAGGCGAUUCUAUCUCGAGGAACCACGUGCAGUCGCUGCUGUGUAUGCUCUCAGUGGUUGAAAAACCAGACCACGUUUAUCACGACGAGGGUUACAAAAACCGCAGAUGGGUCUUCCCCUCGUAUAAUUUUUCCCUCGCAGUUCUCUGGUCGCCCUUCCUUGCUCAAGCUGCCAUUUUCGAAGACAUAAAUGGCGUUGCCUCUUCCGAAAUAGAACUCCAUCUAGACAAACUCGACAAGAAUUGGACUCGGCAAUACAACGAUUUAGAUUACAUGAUACUCUCAAGUGGAAAAUGGUUCGUCAAAGGAUCCAUCUACUACGAAAACGACCAGAUACUAGGCUGCCACUUCUGCCCAAAGAGGAACAUAACCGAGGUCGAGAUCAAAUUCGCAUACCGCAAAGUCAUCAGGAACGUGUUUAGCUUUAUCAUUGCAUCGAAACACAAGGGGAUUAUAUUCUAUCGGACCUCCACGCCCGACCACUUUGAGAACGGGGAGUGGUUUAGUGGCGGAAUUUGUGAGAGAAAACUACCUGCAAGACAUGGCGAGUUUGAGCUCAAGGAGCUGAACAGGAUCCUCCGAGAUGUGGAGCUUGAGGAGUUUGAGAAAGUGUCGCCUAAAGCAGCUGAAAACGGGGUGAACCUUAAACUCUUAGACGUCAACCCUCUUUCAUUGCUACGGCCAGAUGCACACCCGGGCCCCUAUCGGUUUUUCCAACCAUUUGCCAAAGACAAGAAUGCAAAGGUGAUCAGCGACUGCCUCCAUUGGUGCCUUCCCGGCCCGAUUGAUACUUGGAAUGAUCUCCUGAUGGAGAUGCUCGUUGGUGGUUGAGAAACGAGCAUAUUUUCUGGUUUGUGCGCGUCUUAGGGUUCGUGCAGCGUGCGCAAACACCAUUUCAUUGAGUUUUUCAUGCUCUUUGUGGUCAGUAGAAUAAUUAUAUGUAUUUAUACGGUAUUGAUUGUUUUACUGUACCUAAAAUGUGUUGAGAUUUGUUUCUGAAUGUAAAUUAGCAGUUGAGAAAUUAAGUGUUGUUUUAAGUA